UAGGCAGCAGCAGCGGGUUUCCAGAAGGGUCAAAGAAGACGGGGGGGGGGGGUGAGAGCCAAAUGGAAAUUUGGGAAAAAGUAAAAAAUGGUUAAUAAGAGACAAGACUAAGGCCAGGCACAGCAGCAGAAAAUAAAAAAAAAUAAGUAAAAAAACUAUAAAAAAAAAAGAAAGGAUAGAGCCGUGUGUGUACAGGUUAAAUGACGCCACGGAAGGACAAGACAAAUGGCAGACUGGGGUGGAUAGUAUUCAAAUAGAGAGGAAACAAGGCAGGCCGGCCAGUGGGUGGAGUGGUGAUGCCGAUCAGGACCCCUUCACAGGCAGAUUUCUCAAAACCUGCACGGAAGCGUCGAGCACCCGGGGGGAGGGGAUGCGAAUGGGACCUAAACCUCAAUUGAAGGGAAAAGGCAGGAGGGAGGAGCCUGGGAGGAGGAGGGGGGGGAGUGGUGGGCCGUGGAAAAAGGUGUGGAUUGGUGUGGAUUGCUGGCCCACAGGCACAACCGGCGGCCCAAGAUUUACUCACACGCGCCGACCGGACCAGCAGAGCCAGUCCAGAGCGCUUCCACGUUGGCUGGCAGUGGAUGCUCUGGGUGGCCGAAGGAGUCGACCCAAGGGACCGUCGCCUGCCCACCACGAAUCACCGCCAACGAGACUUCCCGGUCGAUCGUACCCAGCAAGAGCCGCGACCUAUCAAACCAGCCUUGGUGGGGUCCAGGAAGCCACUCAGAGGCGGCGGUGGAUAAAACCACCCCCCCCCCAAAAAAAAGAAGAAAAGGAAAAGUGUCACGGGAGGAGGGGCGUUCCUUUGUUUGUUCUUUCCCGUUUCUUCUUUUUCCUUUUCCUUUCUUUUCUUUUCUUCUGGAACGGAAGACGAAAAUCGAAGGUCGAAAAUAGGGCAAAGGAAGAAAAAGGGGGAGAGAGGAAGACCGAGCCCAGGAGGAAAAGGAUUCCACUGAGAGAGAACGGCCGCCGACAGACUUUCUAGAAGGACUACGCAGCUAGAUACCCUCCUUCCCUUCUCCCAGCCAGUGAGGGAAUCACGUCAUGGCCCCUAAGGCAUGCCUCAGACACUAGCCAGUAAGUCUGUGAGUGACUUGCAAAGUUGCAACCCAAAAAGGAUCUGGAAGCCUCGGGGUGGAGACAAUGAAGGGAAAUCGGGUUCCGUCGCUGGGUCUGAAUGGAUCACCAGGACGCGCGAUG